AUGGCGUCGACUUCCGGAAUUAGGAGUCAAAGAGGCCAGAGUAAACUGGCACAUGAUGGCCACCUCUACGUCAAAGCCUACGCUUCGAAGAGCGACACACAGUCGUGGCGCUGUAUGUAUGAAAAUUCAUCGAUUGGCUGUAAGGCCAAAGCUUACACCCUGAUCAGUACGGGGGAAGUUGUCAGACUUGUUGGCGUGCACUCAGAUCCGCCGGAUCCCUCGGGCAUCGAGGUGGCACGGAUUACCCCUGCCAUAAAACGGCGCCGCGAAGAAACCAACGAGACACCGUCUUCGUUGGUGAACUCUAGUCUGGUGUCAGCAACGACGGCGACGCUCGGACAGAUGACCCAGCCCCGCACAAACACUAGGAUGAUCAACCGGCACCGUAAUUCCCGAUCAGCGGCGCCAGCGAAUCCGGACUCCCGCGGCUCCAUCAACAUACCCGAGCAGUACCGCACCUAUGAGAGCGAGCCGGGCGUGUUCGAGAACUUUCUAGUGGCGGACAGCGGCGUCGGAGAUCCGAAUCGGAUCCUCAUAUUUGGCAGAGAGUCCGUGAGCUCCUGGAUCGGUUUCGUCGACAAAUUGUACGUCGACGGCACCUUCAGUCUCACUCCACCGCAAUUCUCGCAGGUUUUUAUCGAUUCCAAAUCAUCAGGAUACCUUCUCAGACAAAACUCGUUCCUUGAGCGGAUAGUGAUGCAAGCUUCAAUCAUUCAGGUUUUCGCGGUACUCGCUGAGCGGGUGGAGUGCGUUGGUCCUGUCACAUACGCUUUGCUUCUGGAUAAAGCAGCCGACUCGUAUAUCCAGAUGCUGAAUCUUUCGAAGCUGGCAGGGCCAGCCCUCACUCCCGCAAGCGUUGUGAUGGACUACGAACGAGCAAUGACGAAGGCAGUACGGGAAUGUUUCCCGCCGGAAACAAGCAUUCACGGAUGCUUUUUCCAUUUAGUGGAAAACAUCAAGCUCCGCAUGAGGGUCUGUGGAGUCGCUACAAGACGGACGACGACUUUGCGCUGA